AUGACUCCUUCUUCUAGUCCAUUUCCAAGCCUCAGUCCUUCUCCGGAAAGCAGUUGUGACAGAGACGAACUCUUGUCAGUGCCGGGUUUUGACGUCGUUGGUGCAGCAGAGGACCGUCGUCACAACGCUGUGACGGCAAAUCCAAGAUUCGAUCCUGGGCUUGCCUCCUCGUCUACAGAUGGACCGCUGCCAUCCAACAAAUUGCCGAGUCCGGACGCAGCCGUCUUUGCUUCAGCAACAGACGGGCUCACGGAGCGUUUGUUCCGUUCCAAGACAAAGGGUCCCAUUGCGGCUAUUUUUAUCCAUGCCGGCGCCGGCUUCCACAGCACCACCAACGAGCACGUGCAUCUAGAAGCGUGCAGCGAAGCUGCCCGCCUGGCCAUGAAAUUUCUCAAAGCCGGAGGCACCGCUGUUGACGCGGUCGAGGCAGCAAUCAAGUGCCUAGAAGACAAAGAGAUCACCAAUGCCGGCUACGGAAGCAAUCUCUCCAUUGACGGUGUUGUGGAGGGUGAUGCAACUAUUGUCGACCAUCUUGGCCGCAGUGGUGCCUGUGGAUCCGCCCAAAUGAUCAAGAAUCCAAUCUCGCUGGCCCGUCUGAUCUAUGACCGAAGCAAUAUCCCCUUGUCGCUGAGGCGUAUACCGCCAAAUAUCCUCGUCGGCCAUGGUGCGGCUCAGUUUGCACAGGAGCACGGCAUGCGUCUUAUUCCACACCAGCAGCUCAUCUCCAAGGGCGCCCAGGACCGUUUCUAUCGCUGGCGCCAAGAUCUAAUCAAUGCCGAAGAGGCAGCUAUCCGGUGCAGCCUGGCUUCUGGCGCUGCCUCAAAGUCCCGAGUCGAUCCACAAUCUGUUCCUGGCGGUCCUCCCGGUGCCUGUCCUGGCAUGAAGUCAGUACAAAACGCACAACAAAUCGCAGUGUCGGGGCCGACCGUUACGGCCUCGAUUACGAGCGGUAGCUCUCAGCCACCUGACGACGGCCGGCCAGCUGGGCACCUACCAGCCUAUGGCAAAUAUACCCAAGCGUCGCUGGGAACCACGACUGUCAAAACAGAAACCUCGUCGUCCACUGCGGCUGGGAAGGUAGAAGCCUGGCCUGCUAGGAACCCGAAGUCCAGUCACAAACGAUUUCGCCUGGGUGAUUAUGACCUAUUCAGCAAUGAUGAGGCAGCCACCCGCAGAAAAAGACGAAGCAGUAGCGGCGGAGACGGAAGCUUCGCGGACGAGCCAGUACACAAGCUCCCGUCGAUCUCGGGCGCCAUGUCCCAUCCCCUUGACCAUUUUGCCGAAGGUACCGCUGCGGACGAGUACGCGGCCGGCAACCCAUUUCGAUAUGCCGAGAUCGGACUCCACGACAACGACACGGACAUCAUCACUGACACUAUCGGUGCUAUUGCAAUUGAUCUCCGCGGCAACAUCGCGGCUGGCUCGUCGUCGGGUGGCAUCGGCAUGAAACACUCGGGUCGCAUCGGACCCGCGGCCCUAGUAGGCAUUGGCACGGCCGUAAUUCCCGCAGAUCCCAAGGACAGCCGAGGUACCUCCGUGGCAGCCGUCACCAGCGGGACGGGUGAGCACAUGGCCACCACGAUGGCAUCACACACCUGUGCCCAACGCCUCUACCACGGCAACCGCCGGACCGACGGCGGGUCGUUUGAUACUGAAUACGACGAUGAUGCGAUCAUGAAGUCGUUUGUGACAGACGACUUUAUGAACCACCCGGGCGUUCGCAACCAAAUCUCUGGCGGUGCCAUUGGUGUCAUGGCGGCAAAAAAGACCAACAGAGGCGUCUAUUUCUACUUCGCCCACAACACAGACUCGUUUGCCUUGGCUUCUUUGUCGUCAAACGAGGACGACCCGCUGGUGGUCAUCUCUCGGCUGGGUCCACGGGAAAGCGUUGCUAGGGGCGGUCGCAAGAUCAAGCGCAACUGA